AUGACCGGCAGCAACGCGUCUUAUCAGCAACUGGGAGUCGACGCCAUGAUGAGCAGCUGCUUCGUCAGCGGCGAUGGCAGUAGUGAUAUCAGCGCCGACGCCGCAGCACCCCUCUUCCACGUCCCGGAGUACACGCCGCACGGUGGCAGCGGCAGCGGCUUUGGGUUUGUUGGCGAACCAGCAGCGGACGUCGCCGCCGCCUCGAGCUUCUCGGCGGAUGCAAGCUCGGUGCUGCUCGCCGGCCAGCUGCUCCGUGCCACCGCGCUGCAGAGCGUGUCGCCGGAGGAGACGACGCACGGUGGUGCCUACGGCGUCACCGGCGGCGGGUCGUACGGCCCGUCGCCUUGGGACGUCACCGUUGCUCACGCGCCCAUGAUGGCGACCAAGCAGCUUAUCGUCGCUGGAGAGCCGGCGGAAGGCGGCUGGAUCCACGAGUCUUCGUACUACUACUGCCCGACGACGUGGUUCUCUGGCGACGCCUUCCGGGACCCGCCGUUCGCUGGGGCCGUGGCGGCGGCGAGCGAGUUGUCGCUCAGGCUGCGCGCUGGGUCCUCGCCGACGACGGCAGGUGCUGUGAGCGUGAGCCUGCCGGAUCAGUCCUCGGAGGUGAGCUGCUCCGGCUUGAGACAUGGGAGUAGCAGCGCCGGCCCCGCCCUGUUCCAGCCUCCUUGCGGCGCCGGAGCCGGACAGGUGGCGCGUCCGGGCCCCAUGCACUUCUCGCAGGUCCUGUCGCGGUGGUCCGGGUACGCGGACAUCGCGCAGCAGGCGUUGGACGAGUUCGUCGCCUGCCUGCUGCAAGACGUGGCCGGGUUCGCCGGCUUGGCCGGUGGCAGUGAGGCGAGCUGCCCGCUGCCAUCGUCGAGCUGCUCCAAGUCCAAGACGACGUCAUCCAACCCGAACCCGUCGAUGUUUCUUGGCUCGGAGGAGCAAUACCAUAAGCUCAAGAACGAUCUCCAGAAACUGUUACAGAUAAUGGACCAACGGUGCAAGCAAUGCAUGGACGAGAUCCAGAGCGCGGCGUCCAAGUACGGCAGCCUGGUGCGCCCGGGCGGCGGCGCGCUCUCGGCGCCGUUCGCGCACCGCGUGGUGUCAGCGAUGCACCGGAGGCUCAGGGCGCGGAUCACUGGCGAGAUCGCGGCGGCCACGCGGAGAGGUGAUCAGCCGUCGUCGUCGACGUCGCUGUCGCUGGCCGACAGGGAGCGCAGCUGGGAGUCGGCCUUCAUCCAGAAGCACUGGGCGCUGCCGCAGCUCAGGCGCGGCGACCAGCAGUCGUGGCGGCCGCAGCGCGGACUGCCGGAGAAGUCCGUGGCCGUGCUCAAAGCCUGGAUGUUCGAGAACUUCCUCCGCCCGUACCCGAAAGACAACGAGAAGGAGAUGUUAGCAGCGAGGAGCGGCCUGAGCAGGAGCCAGGUCUCCAACUGGUUCAUCAACGCCCGCGUUCGGCUGUGGAAGCCGAUGAUAGAGGAGAUGUACGAGGAUCUCAAGAAGGCCUCCGGAGGAAUGGAGGGUGUGUGA